GGAGCCGGAGGGGGCGCGGCUUCCUCCGCGUCCUCCGGGGCGCCCGCUCGCCUGCUCUGCCAGGCCGAGGCUGGCGGCCGGCGGGGGUCGCGGCGGCGGAGGCGGCAGCGGCGGCAGUGCUGGCGGGCCGGGCUCGGGUUCGGAGCUCGGAGACAAGAUGGCGGCGGCGCUCGGGAGCCCGGCCUCCUCCUCCUCCUCGCCGCUCUCCGCCCCGCCGCUCGCCGCCUCCUCCUCCGCCGUCUCCUCCUCCUCCUCCUCGUGCAGCAGCACCAGCGAGCGCCGCGGCGCCGGGCCGCUCUCCCGGAGCUCGGGAGGGGGCUAGACCGGUCCGCGGGCGCGCCGGCGACGAGGCCGAAGCUGGGGCCGGGGCGGGGACGGCGGCGGCGGCGGCGGCGACGCCGGGUGGGGAUGGGGUCGCAGACGCUGCAGAUCCUCCGGCAGGGGGUGUGGGCCGCGCUUAGCGGCGGCUGGUACUACGACCCGCACCAGGCCACCUUCGUGAACGCGCUCCACCUCUACCUGUGGCUCUUUCUGCUCGGCCUGCCCUUCACGCUUUACAUGGCCCUUCCUUCUUCGAUGAUUAUAGUAGCAGUUUAUUGUCCCGUGGUAGCUGCUGUUUUCAUUGUUCUGAAGAUGGUCAACUAUCGACUACACAGAGCACUUGAUGCUGGAGAAAUUGUAGAUAGGAGUGCAAAUGAGUUCACAGAUCAGCGAGCCAAAACUGAGCAAGGCAACUGUUCAACAAGGAGGAAGGACAGCAAUGGUCCAAGUGAUCCUGGUGGAGGGAUUGAGAUGUCAGAAUUCAUUCGAGAGGCCACACCUCCAGUUGGCUGCAGUUCAAGAAAUUCUUAUGCUGGUCUAGACCCAAGCAAUCAGAUUGGAUCUGGAUCAUCACGACUUGGAACAGCAGCAACUAUUAAAGGAGACACGGACACUGCUAAGACCUCUGAUGACAUAAGUUUAAGUCUGGGCCAGAGCUCUAGUCUUUGUAAAGAAGGAAGUGAAGAACAAGAUUUGGCGACUGAUCGCAAGCUUUUCCGCCUGGUCUCCAAUGACUCCUUCAUUUCUAUUCAGCCAUCCUUGUCCUCUUGUGGACAGGACUUACCAAGGGACUUCAGUGACAAAGUGAGCCUGCCAAGCCAUAGCCAGCACCACCGUGUUGAUCAGUCACUGUGUAGUGCCUGUGACACAGAAGUGGCUUCUCUUGUACCUUUACAUUCACACUCUUAUAGGAAGGAGCACCGGCCACGAGGAGUGCCCCGGACUUCCAGCUCUGCCGUGGCUUUUCCUGAUGCCUCACUGAGUGGCCUCCCUCUUUACCAGCAGCAGCAGAGACGGGGAUUAGACCCUGUUACUGAGUUAGACUCAUCUAAGCCUCACUCAGGCACUAGAGAGUCCUUAGUGGGGAAGUCCUGCCCUCCUGCACAGUCUCAGCCUGCUGCCGACCGGAGAAAAAGUAACUCUCAACCACCCACAAAGUGUGGGAAGAACAGGGCGCUGAAUGCUGAAAAGAGCGUGGACAGUCUCAGGAGCCUGAGCACACGGAGUAGCGGGUCCACCGAGAGCUACUGCAGUGGGACCGACAGGGACACCAACAGUACCCUCAGCAGCUAUAAAAGUGAGCAGACCAGCUCCACUCACAUUGAGAGCAUCUUGUCUGAGCAUGAGGAAUCUCCUAAAGUGGGGGACAAGAGUGCCCAGAAAAGAGAGUGCGGUGCUGAGUCAGUGGAAGAGAGAAGCCAGGGGGCUGAUGACUUAAGGACUAGCAGUGACAAGACUGCCCCAGAGGGGAGCACACCUGCUGGGCCUCCUGAGGCCCCAGAUGCUCAGGCAUCUGAGGAGGUGCCUGAUCAGGUUGCUCCCAGCAGCUCUGCUUCAGAAGAUGCCAAUAAAAACCCCCAUGCGAAUGAGUUUACUGUCCCUGGGGACAGGCCACCUGAGCAAAGUGCAGAGAGCAAAGAGGAGCAGAGCGAGAAGCCCAGCCUUUCCACAGACUCCAAAGUUUGUAAAGAGGAUGGUGGGAAGCAGAAGGAGGGAGAUGUCCGACCCAAAUCCUCCAGCUUAAUCCAUCGGACAACUUCUGUCCACAAGCCAGGCAGGAGGCGCACAGGAAAGAAACGGGCCAGCAGUUUUGACUCCAGUCGCCAUAGGGACUAUGUGUCCUUUCGAGGAGUCUCUGGAACCAAGCCACACAGUGCUGUAUUUUGUCAUGAUGAGGACUCGAGUGAUCAAAGCGACUUGAGCAGAGCACCCAGUGUUCAUUCUGCUCACCAAUUCAGCAGCGACAGCUCUUCCAGUGCCACUUCUCAUUCCUGCCAGUCUCCUGAGGGCAAAUACAGUGCCCUCAAGACCAAACAUGGCCAUAAGGACCGAGGCACAGACUCAGACCACACACACAGAGCUCAUCCAGGCCCUGAGGGAACCGCCAAAAAGAGGGCCUCUCGGAGGACUUCCAGCACAAAUAGUGCCAAGACUCGGGCUCGGGUGCUGAGCUUGGACAGUGGCACUGUGGCCUGUUUGAAUGACUCAAGCAGGCUGCUGGCACCGGACAGUAUAAAGCCCUUAACCACUUCAAAGUCAGAUCUUGAGGCCAAAGAGGGAGAGGUGCUGGAUGAGCUGUCUUUACUGGGCCGGGCUUCCCAGUUAGAGACAGUCACACGGUCCAGGAAUAGUUUGCCAAGCCAGGUUGCAUUUCCUGAAGGGGACGAGCAAGAUGCAGCCAGUGGAGCAGCACAGGCCAGCGAGGAGGCAGUGGCCUUUCGCCGUGAACGCAGCACAUUUAGGCGCCAGGCAGUACGGCGCCGGCACAAUGCAGGGAGUAACCCUACCCCUCCUACCUUGCUCAUCGGAUCGCCCCUAAGCCUUCAAGAUGGUCAGCAAGGCCAGCAGUCCACAGCCCAGGUCAAAGUCCAGUCCCGCCCCCCAUCCCAGGCUGCAGUGCUCAGUGCUAGUGCCUCCUUGCUGGUGAGAAAAGGGAGUGUCCACUUAGACGCCUCACAUGACCAUGCAUCUGCUGUAGGCGGUAGCAGUUUGCACGAUGAACUUGGCAAGUUCUCGUCUACGCUCUAUGAGACGGGUGGUUGUGACAUGUCACUUGUGAAUUUCGAACCAGCAGCAAGAAGAGCAUCUAAUAUCUGUGAUACGGAUUCUCAUGUAUCAAGUUCUACCUCAGUUCGAUUUUAUCCUCAUGAUAUGCUUUCUCUCCCACAGAUUCGGUUGAAUAGACUGUUGACCAUUGACACAGAUCUGUUGGAACAGCAGGACAUUGACCUAAGCCCUGACUUGGCGGCCUCUUAUGGCCCCACAGAAGAAGCUGCCCAAAAAGUUAAGCACUAUUACCGCUUCUGGAUCCUGCCCCAGUUGUGGGUUGGCGUUAACUUUGACAGACUCACUCUGUUGGCGCUGUUUGACAGAAAUCGUGAGAUCCUGGAGAAUAUAUUAGCUGUUGUCCUGGCUAUUCUUGUGGCUUUUUUGGGAUCCAUCCUUCUCAUCCAAGGCUUCUUCAGAGACAUCUGGGUUUUCCAGUUCUGCCUUGUGAUAGCCAGCUGCCAAUACUCACUGCUCAAGAGUGUUCAGCCUGACUCUUCCUCUCCUAGACAUGGUCAUAAUCGGAUUAUUGCCUACAGUAGACCAGUUUACUUCUGUUUAUGUUGUGGUCUCAUUUGGCUCUUGGAUUAUGGCAGCAGAAACCUAACUACAAGCAAAUUCAAGUUAUAUGGAAUAACCUUCACCAAUCCGCUGGUGCUUCUGUCAGCCAGGGAUUUGGUUAUAGUGUUUACACUCUGUUUCCCAAUAGUAUUUUUCAUUGGUCUCCUGCCUCAGGUGAACACGUUUGUAAUGUACCUUUGUGAACAAUUGGAUAUCCAUAUCUUUGGUGGGAAUGCCACCACCAGCCUGCUGGCCGCACUGUACAGUUUCCUGUGCAGCAUUGUGGCCGUUGCCUUGCUGUAUGGGUUGUGCUACGGAGCUUUAAGGGACUCCUGGGAUGGCCAGCACAUUCCUGUGCUUUUCUCUGUCUUUUGUGGUUUGUUGGUGGCGGUGUCCUAUCACCUCAGCCGACAGAGCAGCGACCCAUCUGUGCUCUUCUCUUUGAUGCAGUCCAAGAUUUUUCCAAAAACCGACGAGAAGAACCCAGAAGACCCUCUGUCUGAAGUGAAAGACCCGCUGCCAGAGAAGCUUAGCAACUCUGUUAGUGAGCGCUUACAGUCUGACCUGGUUGUGUGCAUCAUUAUUGGUGUGCUGUAUUUCGCUAUUCAUGUGAGCACGGUGUUCACAGCAUUGCAGCCUGCUCUCAAGUAUGUGCUAUAUGCACUGGUUGGCGUUGUGGGACUCAUAACCCAUUAUGUGUUGCCUCAAGUAAGGAAGCAGCUACCAUGGCACUGCUUCUCUCGGCCUCUGCUGAAGACAGCCGAGCACAAUCAGUAUGAAGUGCGAAAUGCUGCCACCAUGAUGUGGUUCGAAAAACUUCAUGUGUGGCUUCUUUUUGUGGAGAAGAAUAUCAUCUAUCCACUGAUUGUCCUCAACGAGCUUAGCAGCAGUGCAGAGACAAUUGCCAGCCCAAAGAAACUAGACACAGAGUUGGGUGCUUUGAUGAUCACCAUCGCUGGCCUGAAGCUGCUGCGCUCUUCCUUCAGCAGCCCCACGUACCAGUACAUCACCGUCAUCUUCACUGUGCUCUUUUUCAAGUUUGACUAUGAAGCCUUCUCAGAGACGAUGCUGCUGGAUCUCUUCUUCAUGUCCAUCCUGUUCAGCAAGCUUUGGGAACUCCUCUAUAAACUGCAGUUCGUGUAUACCUAUGUUGCUCCCUGGCAGAUCACGUGGGGCUCUGCAUUCCAUGCUUUUGCUCAGCCCUUUGCGGUGCCCCACUCAGCUAUGCUGUUUGUUCAAGCAGUAGUGUCAGCCUUCUUCUCCACUCCACUAAACCCCUUCCUGGGGAGCGCCAUAUUCAUCACCUCCUAUGUUAGGCCUGUCAAGUUCUGGGAGAGAGACUACAACACAAAACGUGUAGACCAUUCAAAUACCAGGUUGGCUUCUCAGCUUGAUAGAAAUCCAGGAUCAGAUGACAACAAUCUAAAUUCUAUCUUCUAUGAACAUUUAACCAGAUCCCUGCAGCACAGUCUUUGUGGUGAUUUGCUGCUAGGACGCUGGGGAAACUAUAGUACUGGGGACUGUUUCAUCCUUGCCUCUGACUAUCUCAAUGCAUUAGUACACCUCAUAGAGAUAGGCAAUGGCCUGGUCACUUUCCAGCUGCGGGGACUUGAGUUCAGAGGGACCUACUGUCAGCAGCGGGAAGUGGAAGCCAUUACAGAAGGAGUAGAAGAAGACGAAGGGUUUUGCUGCUGUGAGCCUGGCCAUGUACCGCAUGUGCUUUCCUUUAAUGCUGCGUUUGGCCAGCGCUGGCUGGCAUGGGAAGUGGUUGUCACUAAGUACAUUCUGGAGGGCUACAGCAUCACUGACAACAGUGCUGCUUCCAUGCUUCAAGUCUUUGACCUUCGCCGAGUCCUUACCACCUAUUACGUCAAGGGUAUCAUUUAUUAUGUCACAACCUCCUCCAAGUUGGAGGAGUGGCUGGCUAAUGAGACAAUGCAGGAAGGAUUGCGUCUGUGUGCAGACCGCAACUAUGUUGACGUGGACCCAACUUUUAACCCAAACAUUGACGAGGACUAUGACCAUCGGCUGGCAGGCAUAUCUCGGGAGAGUUUCUGUGUGAUUUACCUCAACUGGAUAGAGUACUGCUCUUCCCGUAGAGCAAAGCCACUUGAUGUGGAUAAAGACUCGUCUCUGGUGACUCUUUGUUAUGGACUCUGCGUUCUCGGACGAAGAGCUUUGGGGACAGCCUCCCACCAUAUGUCCAGUAACCUGGAGUCCUUCCUCUAUGGAUUGCAUGCCCUGUUUAAAGGGGACUUCCGGAUUUCCUCAGUCCGAGACGAGUGGAUCUUUGCUGACAUGGAGCUUCUGAGAAAAGUUGUCGUGCCUGGAAUCCGUAUGUCCAUUAAACUCCAUCAGGAUCAUUUCACAUCCCCAGAUGAGUAUGAUGACCCCACUGUGCUCUACGAAGCCAUCGUGUCUCAUGAGAAGAACCUUGUGAUAGCCCACGAAGGGGACCCUGCAUGGCGGAGCGCAGUCCUUGCCAACUCUCCCUCCUUGUUGGCUCUACGGCAUGUCAUGGAUGACGGCACCAAUGAGUACAAGAUCAUCAUGCUCAACCGGCGGUACCUGAGCUUCAGGGUCAUUAAGGUGAAUAAGGAAUGUGUCCGAGGUCUCUGGGCAGGGCAGCAACAGGAGCUUGUUUUUCUCCGGAACCGGAACCCAGAGAGAGGCAGCAUCCAGAAUGCCAAGCAGGCACUGCGAAACAUGAUAAACUCAUCUUGUGAUCAGCCUAUUGGCUACCCAAUCUUCGUGUCGCCCCUCACAACAUCUUACUGUGACAGCCAUGACCAGCUCAAAGAAAUUCUUGGGGGACCAAUCAGCUUGGGAAACAUCUGGAACUUCAUAGUGUCCACCUGGCACAGGCUAAGGAAAGGCUGUGGAGCUGGCUGUAACAGUGGUGGCAAUAUUGAAGAUUCUGACACUGGAGGUGGGACUUCCUGUCCUGGUAACAGUGCAACCACUGCCAGUGAUCCCCACAACAAUGUGUCCCAAGGAAGUACUGGACACCCAGGACAGGGAGCAGGAUCUGGACUCCACCCGCCCACCACAUCAUAUCCUCCAACACUAGGCACUAGCCACAGCGCCCACUCCGUGCAGUGCAGUCUGGUCAGACAGUCACCUGCGCGCGCCUCCAUGGCCAGCCAGUCUUCCUACUGCUACAGCAGCCGCCAUUCAUCCCUCCGCAUGUCCACCUCGGGCUUUGUGCCCUGCCGGCGCUCCUCCACUAGCCAGAUAUCACUUCGGAACUUGCCGUCAUCGAUCCAAUCCCGCCUCUCCAUGGUGAACCAGAUGGAAGUUGCCAGCCAGGGGGGCAUGGGCUGUGUGCAGCACGGCCUGCCCUCCUCCAGCAGCUCCAGCCAGAGCAUCCCAGCCUGCAAGCAUCACACCCUAGUAGCCUUCCUGGGGGCAGAGGGCAGUCAGGGUGGUGCCACUGAGGCCCAGCCAGGCAACACCUCAAGUCCUGCCAACAUUUCACAUGCCAGAAAGGGGGAAGUGAUUUACAGAGUCCAGAUUGUGGAUCUUAGUCAGAUUCUGGAAGGGAUCAACGUGUCCAAAAGGAAAGAGCUGCAGUGGCCUGAUGAAGGCAUUCGGUUAAAAGCUGGGAGAAACAGCUGGAAAGACUGGAGUCCACAGGAGGGCAUGGAAGGCCAUGUGGUUCACCGAUGGGUGCCUUGCAGCCGAGACCCAAGUACACGGUCCCACAUCGACAAGACAGUGCUUCUUGUCCAGAUCGACGAUAAAUACGUGACUAUAAUUGAAACCGGGGUACUAGAACUGGGGGCAGAAGUGUGAACCUGCACUGCAUACCUGGGUUCCUUUCUCAACCCUUGGAGAGAAAGCAAGGUUGCAGAAGACCCACCUAUGGGGACCGAGUGCCUGCCCUUCGUAGCAGAGACUUGACCAGUGGCGUGGCUAAGCUUCUCUCCACCCUGACUCCUGUCACUGUCUUCAUCCCCAAAUAAAGCUGAAAUAUUUUUUUAAGUUAGCUGCAUGAAAGGCAAACUCUGUUGGAGCCUCUGGAGGGAAGGCGCUCUAUGCAUUUGUGCUUUAACCCAUGGACUCUUGUCUCUAACUCUAAACUCAUAUUUUUCUAAUUUCUUUGCCAAAAACAGUUGCCAUGGUUUUUGUUUUAGAAAAUGAAAUCCAUUGACCAUGAUUUUUGCAAACAAACCCAUGAAAAGCAUUUGGUUCGACAUAUAACAAUAUAAAGGUUUAAUGUACAGUGAGAAAGAUGAUGAAUAGACAUAGGUUUAUCUUAUUCCUUGAACACUAAAAACUUUAAUGAAAAAAACUGCACUAAUUUUUUACAGUGAUGCACUAAAUCUGAGAUUUCUCAGAACAUUUAUUUAUAUAUAAAAAUGAAAUACCAUUAUUUAAAUUGCCUUCAGGAUUAGCCCCUCCCUUUCCUGACACACAGCCAGCAGAACCUGCUGCUCCUUUUCUGUCAGUGCGCUGGACUCUGGAGGCACAGCUCCAUCCCUCACCUUUCCAGAGCUGGUGACCAGCGGAUCCACAUGGUGAAGACCAGUGCCAGCUGCCCUGUCAUGUCUCCCAUGUGCCACGCUUCUCCAGCCAGUGGCAGGCCCUGUCACAUCUCCCAUGUGCCACGCUUCUCCAGCCAGUGGCAGGCCCUGUUGAGGUUGCUUCUGGAAUAUGCUUUCGCUUUUCAAGAAGAAUAUGAAGGCCCAGGAAUUUAAGAAAGGAUCGGUUGCCUCUUAUUUGAAGAGUUCCUAGCUCUUGACAUUACUCACAGGAAGUUCAGUUUCACAAGUAAAAUUUUUUCAAACAGAAUUGUCUAUGUGGCUCCGUUCUUGACCUGCCAUCCAUAGCAGCUCUGCACUGCUUCCUUCCCGUUCUUUCUCUAUUACUUGAAUUAAUUUCCUGUAAUUUAUGGUGUAUAUCUGUCUUAAAAAUAUUUAUGACUGUGAAAUUGACUUAAUUCAUAUGUUGUCCCAUAAAUUUUAUUGGUUUUUUAAGGAGCAUGUAUUCAGGAAAAUAUGUACCUUGAAUUUAUAGUGUGGCUGCAGGCAGUCUGCAGUUUAGGGUUCAUUUGCAACUUUUUAAGCAUUUUUAAAUUUGUUUCAAGCUCCAAAGAAUGUGCCCCCCUCCUCUGAGCACCUGGGGCAGCUGUCUGUCUGUCUCCCCCUGGAUAGACAGUAGAGAACAGUAGGUCAGUUCAUUGUGAUGUCCCAUGAUUAUUCUGUCAAAGCUGUGACCAUUCCAGUGUGUGGCACUGGCCAGCUUAGUAGCUUCUGUGUCAGGCUACCCUGAUGUUGUAUCUUCUGAGGUGAAAGAGAACUGAUGAGGAUACAGGUAUCGGGGUGUGUCCAAACACUACAGGAAACCAGGAGAGCUAACAGCAGGUGAGAGGAUCCCUCUCCAGAUGGCUUCAGACCCUGUUUGUGUUUCCUUUUGUUAUUUUAAAGUUGGUGUUCAGAACCCAAUGUGCCUUGUAUUGAUGUUUCCAUAGACUUCAAACUUUGCUGACUUUAUCCUUUAAAAAUAUUUGUGAGAAGACUUACUGAAUCUUUACAAAAGGAGCCCUUUCUCUUUGUAAAUUGACCACUGUAAAGUGUAUUUUCCCACCACAGUUUCUCUAUUCCUGUCUCUUACGUGGGCAGUUCUAUGCUGGCUGAUGUGUUCAGUGGUCUGUCUGUGUUUAAAGCUUCCCAAAGGACUCAUGCUCCCUGCUGCAAAUGAGUCUGCCCUUGUCACGACAGUUCCUGGGUGACAAAGUAGUUUGCCUUCUAAGAUGGAAGAUCAUCCAUUUGCCAGAGAAAGAAGCAGAAGAUAAACUUCAGAUGACUUACUUGGUCAAAGGGUCAGAAUUCUACAUGUGCUGGUCUCCCUAAUAAUUGUUAGAUGCUAUAUGCUCUAAGAGUAAGAGUCUAUAUAUAAGACAGGGCUCUGGGUGGAGCGUGUGUACCAAGUCUUAGUUUGGGAGAGUUGGACACUCUCCUUGAAACAAGUUAUCUGUUACCGUAUGACUCCAUUAAAUUCAUAAGUUAGGAGCCCUCAAAGAAGUCUCGUCUUCAGUCUUUUAAUCUAAAACCAAUGACCUUUUUAAAAAAAGUACUACUUUUCUAAUUACAGCAGGGAAGAUAAUGAUAAUUAAGGAUUUGUGUUUUAAGAUUAAGUUUAUCAUGAUUUGUUUUUCUUUAAGUGCCCUCGUGAUUGAGGUUGUCUGCUUAGCCUUUCUCACUAAGAUGCAGAACUCUGGCAUGCUUUAGUCCUUUUAGUCCAUAAUUACUAAAAUUUCAGAGAUCCAUAAUUUUGCAAGUAAUUAAAAAACAACUUUGUAUCUCCUUAGAUGCAGCUGCAUGCUUGAAGUCUCUGUUCUUCUUUGAAUUUCUCCUUUAUCUUGCCCCAUUUUAGGAGGACAACUCUGGCAUGGCUUGUCUUCAUCUUCUUCAGUAAUCAAAAAACAACCUAUUUGUACCCUAAACUAAGCUCUUGGUGAAUCUUGAGCCCGUAUCUCGUUGGGAACUCCCUUUUUAUACCAUUUCCAAGUAGACUUUUUUGCUAACAAGCUUUCCUUUUUCCAUGAAUCUAGAUUAACACAUAGUGGUGCUGCUGGUGGAACUUGAGAGUGGAGAUGAGGCCAUAUGGAAGCUUUACAGGAAAGCGGUAGUUGCCUUUUAGGCAGCCAGUGAAGAGCUGUCCAGUGACUUUUCCCUGUCUCCAUCAGCAGGGGAGAAAACACCUCCAACAGAUUGCAGGUGUUUUGAAUUUUUUUCAAGUAUAUUGAUAAUACUUGAAAGUUCUUGAAGCAGAAGAUAAGAGACAAUAUAUAUUUCUCUCUUGAAAGGCACAUAAAAAUGACUCUGAGUACUGAAUGUUGAGCAGUGUGCGUGCACAUUCUUAUAGAGGAAACUGUAGCUCUCACUAAGAUCUCUUUCUGGAUUAGUUAAAAUUUAUCUUUCUAUCUCCUCUCAAAAUAUGCAAUAGAGCCUCACAUUUGAGCAAGAGUCAUACUGCCUCUUUACACCCUACAUAGUUUCCUACCAGCACCUUGCCUCAGCCUAGAGCCUCCCCUAUGAGUGUGUCCUGUGUCAGUCAUCAAAAUCUGGGUCUCUGGUAUUUGCCCCAGUGUCUAAAAUCAUCUCUUUUUAGGUAAAUUUCAGUCAUUCUUUGAGGUGUUUACUAGCUACUGAGGUAUAAACUGUUGUCCAGUGUAUUAAUUGCUUUCAUAUUUAAAGUGCUUUUUCAUUAGUAUAAGCAAAUUUAUUUCUGCAUUUUUGCCUUUAAGUCCUCAGUAUUCUUUCUCCCUCUCUUUAGUAGCUACCUAAAGUUACUUUAAGUCCUCAGUAUUCUUUCUCCCUCUCUUUAGUAGCUACCUAAAGUUACUUUAAGUCCUCAGUAUUCUUUCUUCCUCUCUUUAGUAGCUACCUAAAGUUAUUUCGGACACAGACCCACUGAACUUCUCCACAUGAGAUGAUACAUCUCUCCUAGAGGCGUUUUCUUAACUGCAAGGUGGAUGGAGACUGUCAGUUAAAGCUUUGAGUGGUGCAUGUUGUUGCUGGCCCUUCGACUCUGUAUCUCAGGCUUAGCUAGAUACUGAGAUUUACUGAUGAGACAAAGGAUGUAUAUUAGAUGCUGCAGUGUGUUUAGCUGGUAAGAAUUUUAUACAUAGGCGUUUUUUUAAGUAUUUGAAGACCAGCCGUUUUCUUGGUUUCUCUUUUCAGAUUAUCUAGUUGAUGAACACCCAGGCAGCCUCAUUUGGAAGUUGUCUCCUGUUCACAAGCUCUAAUCAGAAAGUAAUUGCUUAUCAAACAGGUCUGGAAAGAUCUAACCUUGCUUGAAUGCAGAGGUCUCUCUUCUGUGGUGCCUCACUUGCCAGAGUCCUCUGUCCAGAACUGUGUGGUGAGAAUUUCUCUUUCUUGCCUAGAAACUUGUUCUUUGUGAAUUGAGGCACAAGUUUAUCUGUAAGCUGAACAUCCCGAUGUGCCAUUUUGUGGACUCAGCAUCCAGGUGUCCAGGGAACUCAAGCUGAUGGUCACGCAGGGUUACACACAGCUGUUACGUCACUCUUGUACCUAUUAUAUAGGCUUUCCCUUUCCUUAUGCUUCAGCUCUGUACCUGAUAAUGUGUGGUUUGUUGGACCCAUAGAAGGGUGGGGGUCCUCUAACAGGUGGUUGAGGGUGAAUCUGUCACCUGCACAGCAGAUGUGGCUGCUCCAGGCGACUCUUGGGUUAGAUGUGCUUGUUACUGAACAAAAUUCUUUAUAUCCUAAGCUUGAGUCUGCAACCAAAGUGAUAGGAAUUGGGGGAGCUCUUUGGCUGUGCUUUCUUAAAACUGUGGUUUGAGUAAAUUGUCAACAUGGAUGAUAUUAGCCCUGUGCAAGCCUAGCAUUGAGUUCUGCAUGAGGAAAACGGAGAAGGAAUGUUAGAAAUGGUUGUGGGUGAGCAUGCCUGGAAGGAGAGUGGCUUUCCCUUUUCUUCUCGUGGGCUCUGAAAGGUCAUUGCCUUUACCAGCAUUCAGUAUACACCAGAGAUAAGGAUAUGUGUCCAUGCGCGUGUCUAUGAGUGUGCGUGUGAGUGUUACCGUAAACAGCUUGUAAAUACUGUAGUUGUUUAAAAUGGAAAAUAAAAGCUGAGAAGUCUUUUGACAUAUAUUGAUCAGAAAAAAAAUACAGUAUUGACCGUGGAUAAAAACAGGAAAUAAAUUUUUUUUCAUUUUGC